AUGGGAGAAGGUGCCAAGAAAGCUUGGUGUCCAUGUGCCGCCGGCUACUUCGCGUUUGCCUUCAGCUGCGCCCAGUCUCGACGCAUGCAGCGCGUUCGAGCCACAGGUGGCAAGGAAGACCCGGAGGAAACGGAGGAGAAAAGUGGCUUCCUCGGGAAGCUGAGGAAACGGCUGCCCAAGAAGCCAACGAAAGAGGAGAUGAAAAAGUAUGGAGCUGGCAUGGUCUUCAGCUACUCCUUCGUAGGAACACUGAAUAUGUGCAUGAUGGUCGCCCUUAGUUGGCCGGUCUUCAUCAUGAGAACUGGUGGCAGCCCCAUUCUCUUCUCGCCAUUGAAGCUGAAGCCCCAGUACAUGGUGUACCUCACGGCGGUGUACUUCAGCUAUGGAAGCUGUACUACUCCCUUCCUACUAGCCUUUGCGCUGCUCCUGGCUCCAUUCUUCUCGAAGUUGCUGGGAGGAUUUCGGAAACGUUUGGGCUGCUCCAAGUGGCUUGCCUUCGUCCUCAUGGGCCUUCUGAUGGCUGUUUGCUACUUGCUGGCGCUGCCCUUCCUGAUCGCUUUGGCAUGCUGGCGGCGGCACGCUCACCAGCUCUGUGGAGAGCCUGUGCUCAUCAGCGACGAGAACGUGAGGACCUACAUCCCAGAUAUGCCGACGGAGUACUUUCGAAUGCCAUAUUCGCAGGCCAAGUCAGACAUCAUCAGGUAUGCGCUGCUGUACCAUCACGGUGGCAUUUACAUGGACACAGACUUCCUUGUCGUCCAGGACCUGGAUGAAGUUAUCGACCUGGCGCAGUCCUACGACCUUGUCUCCUACAUGGAUGAGGGCUCGGGGAGCUUGGAGAAGGGUAGCUUGGCGGCAUGGCAGCUCAUGGAGACACAUUGUCCCCUCUCCGACAAGGAGAAAGAGAAGGUUUGCUGCUUCGACGACGACCGGACGCAGUGUCAUAUUCCUUGGGCAGGUAUUGGCGAAGGCGUUUCCCAUCCUGUCUUCGACGAGCUCGAGGGUGAUGGCGUCCGCUUCAAAUCCUUUUGCUUCUCCGACGAACGGGGUUUCACACCACCGGACAUGAUCAACAUGCUCGAGAAGGCCGGUCUAGGGUGA